AUGAGCUCCGUCACCACCACCACUCCGCCGCCGUAUCUCCGCCGGCCAAAUACUCACCGCCGCGUUAACCAGCCAUUCUCCGUCGUAUGCUGCGCCGGAGAAUCUCAACAAGACAGCUUAACUCGUCGGAGAAUCCUGACCUCGGUUAUAACAUUCACGACCAUCGGCGGCGCCACGUCAUCAGCAUUGGCACAGGAGAAAUGGGGGACGAGGUCAUUCAUAAAGGAGAAAUAUUUUAUGCCGGGACUAUCGCCGGAGGACGCGGCGGCGCGUAUAAAACAGACGGCGGAAGGAUUAAGAGACAUGAGGGAGAUGUUGGAGCACAUGUCGUGGAGGUACGUUAUAUUCUACAUAAGAUUGAAACAGGCUUAUCUGUCUCAGGAUCUGACCAACGCCAUGAACAUCUUGCCGGAGAAUCGCCGGAAAGAUUACGUUCAUGCGGCAAAUGAGCUUGUCGAAAACAUGAGUGAGCUGGAUUUCUACGUACGGACACCAAAGGUGUACGAGUCGUAUCUGUACUACGAGAAGACAUUGAAAUCGAUAGACAACGUUGUGGAGCUUCUUGCUUAA